AUGGUUGCUGUUUACAAAAAUACCACGAGACGCGAGCUGUCUUCAGAACUGAGAGCUCGCGCACCUGCACCGCGGGAAUGGAGCAGAAACCCGAGUGAUGAGCGGCGGAGUGUACGGAGGAGAUUACGCUGGAGAGGACUGCCCAAAGGCUGCCAGUGCAGGAGGAGCCCAUCAGCCAAGUGCUGUAAGAACGAUGUCUCUGUGACCUUCAGCCUUAACGCAGUUGUCCACAGUUUUGCGAAUGGCCGUGCCACUGGACUUGUAUUGGACAGUGGAGCUACACACACCACGGCCAUCCCAGUGCAUGAUGGGUACGUCCUACAGCAAGGAGCCUGUGAGAGAGGGAGCUCGUCCAAUGUGUGGACAAAGAAAGACAAACUGCCUCUUAUCACAAAGUCCUGGCACACAUAUAUGUGUAAUGAGGUGAUUCAGGAUUUUCAGGCUUCAGUGCUUCAAGUUUCUGACUCACCGUAUGAUGAACAGGUUUGUCAGAGUGACCAGCAUCAGCAUGUGUGACAUCGAUAUCAGACCUGUAUGUUCCCUACACAACUUUCUACAAACAGGUGGAAAUACUUUGCUGCAAGGAUUCACUGAAAGACUCAAUAGGGAGCUAUCGCAGAAAGCACCGCCUGAUCACCAGCUUAGUCCUGCUCUGGGAUAAACACUCUGAAAUUCAUCCCUUCAUCUACAUGGCACUUUCCAGUAAAUGUGGAUCUCGAAGCAGGAAUAUGAUGAAGGUGGGAAACAGAGUGUGGAGAGAAAAUGUCCUUAAAUCACAGCAAUAAUAAACAUCUGACAAAGUGAUUUCUAAUAAAGUUCAACUCAUUAUUCAGUCUGUUAUUCACUCUGUUUAUUCCUCUGUCUGUUAUUCACUCUGUUUAUUCCUCUGUCUGUUAUUCACUCUGUUUGUUCCUGUCAGUUAUUCACUCUGUUUAUUACUGUCUGUUAUUCUCUCUAUUUAUUCCUCUGUCUGAUAUUCACUUUGUUUAUUCCUGUCUGUUGUUCAUUCUGUUUAUUCUGCUGUCUGUGAUUCACUCUGUUUAUUCCUGUCUGUUAUUCACUCUGUUUAUUCCUCUGUCUGUUAUUCACUCUGUUUAUUCCUGUCUGUUAUUCAUUCUGUUUAUUCCUCUGUCUGUUAUGCACUCUGUUUAUUCCUGUCUGUUAUUCACUCUGUUUGUUCCUCUAUCUGUUAUUCACUCUGUUUAUUCCUCUGUCUGUUUUUCACUCUAAUAAUAAUAAUAAUAAACUUUAUUGUAUAAAGCGCCUUUAAAGCAGCUUCUCAAAGCGCUGUACAUAAAAUCACAGUCCACAGAAAAAUAAAACAAAUAAAAGUUAAUAAGAACAAAAACAACAACAUUAAUAAUAAAAAUAAUUAUAAAACAAUCUAAAAAGACAUCAGCAGUCGAAUGCAAGUUUUAAAAAGUGUGUCUUGAGAAGAGCUUUAAAAAUGCCAAAAGUC